AUGAGCAAGCCCGAAGACAUCGUUGAUGCAGUCCCCGCCGUCGUCGGCGAUUUGUUCACCAGGUUGACUGGCAUUCAUGCCGCUACCUUUCCCGACCAAUCAAUCGGGGGAAAUUCGCUACAGUACAACAAUAUCUUCAACGACACCUUUAACGCCAAAAAUGUCAACAAAGCACUAAAAGUCACGACUGGAGCAGGUAUCAGGUUUGUUCCUGUCGUGGGAGGUUUACUCUCCGGUCUUCUUUCAGCGUUAUGGCCUGACCCAGAAAAUAAAGGCCUUGUCUGGGAGGAUAUUGAAGACAAAGUCAUGAGAGAUUACCUUGAUCAGGAACCAGGCAGCGUUGAGAAGGGACAAUAUUUCACGUCACUUGUAACGGCCCUAUCACAUGAUCAGCCGUUCUACUUUGAUGACAAAACACCCUGGGAUAACCUUGCAUACUUUGUCUCUGUCGGGACGCUACAGUUGACCGUGCUACGAGAACAGCAUCUGUUUUAUAGCCAGAUCUACGGACACGAGGAUCACCAAGCUGCAAAACAUAAGAAGGACCUUGAAGAUGCGGCCAAGAAAUACCUGACCGCCCGCAACCAGAUUGUCGCCGAGUGUCUCAAAUAUCACAAGGAUCAAAUUAAAGAAGAAUGGCACGAGAAUGAUGCUGGGUAUUUCAACGCCAACGCGGUCAGCCUCAAGAAUCCCCUUCGAAAGGUUGAUGAGCUCUUCAAGUGGGACGACAUGUCGCCACUUGGGAAAUACAAGUUCCAGUGGCGGCGAACGCAGUUCCAGACUUGGGUUGACACCGGCUACAAGGCACAAGUCGAAGCACUCCUCAGUCUCUCCUUCUCCUGGCCUUUGUACUUUCCAACUCCCCAUGCAGAUUUAAGAUCCGAAAACUCUGCGCAUGUGGACGAAGGCCAGAUCACUGACACCACAGUGCGACGGCUGAUGAUGGAUUUCCCAGGCUGGAUGGGCGAUGGUGCCAACUUGUCGAUAGGCUAUGAUGUCUGCUACUUUGACCAUGAAGAUUUGUUCAGAAAGCACGGUCCUAUUACAAAGUCAUUCUUCACGCGGGCGAUAGGCUCGAUGGCAUUGAACUCUGGUACGGCGAUCAGAGAGCCGAUAUACGCGGUGCAAAGAGUGGCUACCAGCAAAAGACAUUGGAGUUGA